CGCUCGCAGCCAGCGCAGCGCUGCUGCCGAGACAUGGUCUCUUCUGAAAUAUCCAAGCAUUAUUAGAGGCGGAAAGUACCGGAAAGGAAGAUCAUUGCUGCUCGAGAGUGAUGUGCAGAUACUCGCUGAUCUAGUGAACACGUCGACUGGUACAACAACAAUGUAACAUGAAAGCCUGGGUCUGCAUCGUCGUCACUUAACCUCCAAGGACACCUUUCGCCUCUGCAUUUGGACUGAUAUUUUUUUCCAGCUCAUCCUCGUUGUAGGUAAUUCCCUCGUGUGUCUAUACUUAUUCACCCUUUCGUCAAAGAUAUUACAAAGUGUCAAUGAUACCGAAUGGAGUACAAGCUGAGAAACAGGAGAAAUGCUCCUCCUCGACAUCGACAUCGACUUCGUCCUCGUCGCCCCUGAUGAAACUUUCUACAUAUCUAUUUGCAAUCAGACCAUGGUCACUGAGCGCCUCCCUCAUCCCAGCCAUGCUGGGCUCGGCGCUUGCUCACAAGCUGAUCGGUCUAGCUGGCAUUAGCUGGAUCAUCCUGGUACUGACACUGUUCAUUAUAACCUGCGUUCACGGCGCUGGCAAUGUCGUCAACACGUAUUUCGAUUACAUCAAAGGUGUCGACAGCAGGAAAAGCAAUGACAGGAUUCUCGUGGAUCAACUGCUUUCCACGGACGAGCUGGUUUCUUUGGGUGCGUGGCUCUAUGCAGCUGGAUGUCUGGGAUUUGUGCUGCUGGCUGGAGUUUCACCAGCCAAGAUGGAACACUUGGCACUAGUUUACUUUGGAGGACUGUCGUCGUCUUUUCUCUACACCGGGGGAAUUGGGUUCAAGUACAUUGCACUUGGGGAUGUUGUGAUACUCAUAAUUUUUGGCCCGAUUUCCGUACUGUUUGCCUUUAUGGCACAGACAGGCUACAUCGAGUGGAAUACCAUUUAUUAUGCUAUACCUCUUGCUCUCAACACUGAAGCCAUACUGCAUAGUAAUAACACGAAAAAUCUUGAUAGCGAUAAAAAAGCAGGCAUUGUGACACUUGCGAUUCUCAUUGGACAAACUGCGUCGCACGUUUUGUACGCAUUUUUACUUUUUACCCCUUACGUGACUCUUGUCGUACUUGCGCUCAGAUAUUCCAAUUGGUUUCUGCUGCCUCUCGUAACGCUACCUAAGGCAUUUAAAAUCGAGAUGAGUUUUAGGAAUCCCAGAACAAUUCAAGAAGUUCCAAAAAAGACAGCCAGCUUGAACCUUUAUUUGGGUGUUUUGUACAUUGUUGCUUGUUUGCUGAUAGACAAACUUCCUUACCUUCAAGUUGUUUCUAACAAAGUUUAACUAUUUUGUCAGCAACGGAAAUCCCGUGCUCGCGGUGAUUCAACUGUUAAGGUGAAAGCUGCUAUGAAACGUUGUUUUGAAGGGUAGUUUUUAUUCUUCAAUAUCUGUCAUCAUCAUCAUCAAUCAAUCAUCAUCAACAAAUGCUUCUAUGUUACAUAGAAAUGUUUAAAAAUUUUAUUAUACAUACAAACACCAAAGACUGAAGUCUAGAGUGUCUUUUUUUGUAUAGAAAAAAGAACUGAUUGAGAUACUUUUCUUUAAAGUAUACACCAUGGAUCCAAACCUUAAUUCAGGUCUAAAAAUCGUUGUGUGAAAAAAAACUAAUGAUUUUAUUGACAUGACCCAGUUUUUUAUCCAACAGUGUAAAAAGAUCCUCAAUUUGUUUGUAAAUUUUAAAAUCUAAGUAAUGAACUUAAACAAUUUUCUCUUAUUGUACAAAUGUUCUUUCUUGUGUAAAUUAAAAAAAAAAUUCUCCUGUAUGUGCUAAAAUUUGUCUUUGUAUUUAUUUACAUUACUCCUUUUAUGCUAAACAAAAACGAAGUCAAUAAUUGUAAAAAGGCGUCUAUUAAAAACACUUAUUUGU